AUGGCUUUAGAGUACGUAUUAAGCGAAAAAAAUAAGUAUAUGCUUAUUUAUCAUGGUUUCUUACACGUAAAAGAACGAGAACAUGACAAUAAAACAUACUGGAAAUGUUCUGAAUACAAAAAAAUUCACUGUAAAGGUCGUUUACACGUAGUAGACGACAAAAUUACUAAAUUUAUUGAACAUAACAAUCACGUUCCAAAUGCAGCAAAAAUCGAAGCGAAAAAAGUUAUUUCAAUUUUAAAGAAAAAUGCAUCACAAACAACUCUCAGCACACAUUCAGUUUUAGGAAACGCAGUUAUGCAGGUAACAAGUGCAGUUUCCGCAGAAAUGUCGAGUAUUAAUACAUUGAAAAGGACAAUUCAACGUGUACGCCAAAAGGAGGAAGCUGCACCAGCUAAUCCAAGUAAUUUUGAAUUUAUUAUACCAGAUCAAUAUAGAUAUAACUCCAAUGGUGAAUUAUUUUUAAAAUUCGAUAGCGGUCCUACUGAAUCACGAAUUUUAAUAUUUACAACUCAACAAAAUUUAGAUUUUAUGAGUGAAUGUGAUAAUUGGUUUUGUGACGGAACAUUUUCAGUGGCACCCCCCAUUUUUGCUCAGUUAUAUACUAUACACGGGGUAUGUUAUUCCAACGUUAUUCCUAGUGUUUACGUAUUACUGCCAGAUAAAAAAGAAAAAACUUACCGUCACAUGUUUGAAAUUUUAAAAUCACUGAAGAACAAUAUGUUGGGGGCAACGAGCCACCCAAAAAAAAAAUUUACCGAGAUAGAGCAGCUAAAAUAA